AUGACAACUUUUGUAAAAGAUAUUAAGGAAAUACCGAGUUUGAAACCUCCCCAAGAAACAUUUGUUGAUGAUCCAACAUCAUUAAGUGAGAUAAACUUAGAUGAUUUAGUAUUUGAUUUACAAAAUGGAUUAAAAAAUUUAAAUAAUUUACAUAUUUUACAUAUUAUUUUCAUAUAUUCAAUUACUUUAAAAUUUAUAAUUAAAUUACAACAACAUCCUGAAUUAUUUGAAAAGUUUAGAAAUCAAGUAAUUGAAAAUUUAGGUGUUAAAGAUUUAUUAAAUGAGUUAGAAUCACAUUCUUCUCGAUCUCCAUCGAUAUGUGAUGAUAAUGAAACAAGAUUAAAAAUUGAUACUUCAAAUACUCAAAUAUUUAAUAAUUUAAAUUCUUCAAAUACUUCAAUAUCAACAAAUACGGAAACUAGUGGGUCAUCAUCAUCUUCAUCUACUACUUCAGCUACUUCAUCAUCGAGUGAUUUAAAUAAUCAACCAAAAGAUAAUAAUAAUAAUAUAAGGAUGGAUGAACCGAAUUUAACAAUUUUAAAAGACCAUUCACAUGAUGAUAGUAAUGAUUCAUUGACAGAAGUAAGAAAAUUUGAUCAUAAUUUUGGAGAAAUUUUAAUGAAUAAUGAUAAAAAUAUUUCAAUAUUUGCAGAUGAGAAUAUUGAUGAUAUAAGAUACAAAGGCAAUAAUAACGAUAAUAAUGAUAAUAAAACUGAACCAGUAUACAUACCAUUAGAAAAACUAAUAGAAACUACGAACUUACAAACUCCAGAAGAAUUAGAAACUGAAAAUAAUCAAAAAGAACUUAAAAAGCUAAGUAAAGAAAUUUAUAAUUCACAAAAAGUCAAAUCAUCAAUAAAUCAUCAACACCUAAUAAAAAUUUUUAAUUUAAUAAAAUUACCAAAUUUAUCAAUUCAAAAUUUUUUAUUAAGAAUAAAUCAAUAUUCAUCAUCAAUUUCUAAAGUGGCAUAUAUAAAUUCAAUAUAUUUAAUUUAUAAAAUUUCAAUAAUUUUAAAUUUUAUACCACUAACUAAUGAAAAUAGUUAUAGAUUAAUUAUAUCAAGUUUAAGAACAAAUAUAAAAAAUUUAGAUGAUUUAUAUCAAAAACAAAAAAUUUUUAAAAAUGUUAUUGGAUUAAAUUUAAAAGAUUUAUUGAAAUUGGAAAUUAGUUUUUGUUAUUUAAUUAAUUUUAAUUUUAAUUUUAAUUUAAAUUAUAAUUUUGAAAAUACACUCAAAAAUUUUUUAAAUUUUGAAUUUAUUGAAUUAGUUAAUUUUUUUAAAUUUGAAUUAUUUGAUGAUUAUAUUGAUAUUGUUAAUGGACUCUCAACUUAA